ACGACGUUCCUUUCCUGGUCACUUUUGGGGGAGAUCUCCAAAACCUCCAUUCCGAUAUCCGAGGGCUCGAAUUUGAAAUAUCUUCCGAGCUACCGUCGGCCGUAAACUGCUAUCGCGUUCGGCUCCUUCCAUCUCUUUUCUUCUCUCCAACAAAACGCGAUCGAUCAUACGUAAUCGAGAAAAGUAAAAAGAGAAGGAACCGAAAAGAAGGGGAAGAGAUCUCGGGAUGAUAACGCGGUCGAAUCUGGCGGAGCAGUUGAGGGAGUACCAGAUCCGGUCCCAGCACGCGUGGGCUUCCGCCGCCUUCUUCUCCUCCACCUCCAACGUCCCUUCCAGGGUGGGUGUGAUCUCUAUAAUAUGGGAGCUGUUGAUAUUUGCUUUCCUUGUUCUCUCGGCAGUUUUUUUAUAUUUCAGGCAUAUGAGGCUUGCAUUUGUCUUGAUAUGUGUUACAACAGUUAUUCUUGUUUGCAUGAGAAUAACUAAACAGAGGCUGCUUUCUUCUUGUCAUAUGGCUGUCUUCUUGAGUCAUUCACAUGCCUUGGUACAACAUGAAGAUGGCACAUCCAUCCCUUCCUCCCACCUCUGAAAACCCCCAAAGCAGGGGAAAAGAAAAAGAAUCUUAGAAGUGCGCCUCCAUGCAAGAAUCUUAAAAAUCACUCUAAGAGAGAAGCUAGAGGUUCUCUGGAGCAUGCCAGCCUUUCUUAUGAGUCAAGGAAUGCCACAGUGCCGUCGAGGGUACAAAGAAGUGAUUUUUAUAUGUUGCAACCCUUGCAAUUGAGGAAGCUCUUGAUUAUUAUUGCUUACACUGAAAGGAUCACUAGGUGCCGUACUGGCUCAAACCAAUGAAGAACAAUGCUUUUUACCAUGUCUGCUUGAUUCUUGUAGGAGCAGAAAGUGGCUGUUUGCCUAUUGUUAAACUUAAGUAGCCAUAAUAUUUAUGGCUACAAGACAAAGGCUGUGACUGCCAGUGUGCUCUAUUCUUUUGGGACAACAGUUGUUGUAAGUGAGAGAUUAGCCAGGUUAUUCAUUAUUUUUAUGGUGUUUGAUGUAUCUCUUGGUUAUCAAUGAGUUUGCUCACCCUGAAACUCCUUUUUUUAUUUCUUGUAAAAGUUCAGAAGUUGAAGCAGAUAGGCUUGCU